ACCGAACCUGCCCUCGACCCCUUCUUUUUGCUGCUUUCAAAAUUCGCUUCCAAGAAUCCACGACACGCACUUCCCUCUCUCUAAAAAUUUAGAAACCCCCAAUCUAAGAGAAAGAGAAGAACAUAUUUCACAUGGCGAAACCCUCGAAGAAACGAACGUCGUCGGAUGAGGCGAUGUCAUCGGAGGAAGAGCCACUCAACGAGCAGAUCAACGAAGAGGAAGACGAGGAGGAGAUCGAGGAGGUGGCUCGCUCAGUUGAUUCCGAUGACGAUGAGGCCGAUGGAGAUGCUGAAGGUGAUGAAGGCGAGGAGGCUGAUGAAGAAGGAACCAGCAAUGAAAUUAGCAAGCGUGAAAAGGAGAGACUCAAAGAAAUGCAAAAAUUGAAGAAACAUAAGAUUCAGGAGAUAUUGGAUCAACAAAAUGCUGCUAUAGAUGCUGAUAUAAAUAACAAGGGGAAGGGACGCUUGAAAUAUUUACUGCAGCAAACUGAGUUGUUUGCUCACUUUGCUAAACAUGAUCAAUCAGCAUCCCAGAAGAGGGCUAAGGGAAGGGGUCGACAUGCCUCAAAAGUAACUGAAGAGGAGGAAGAUGAAGAAUAUCUGAAGGAGGAAGAGGAUGGUUUAUCAGGAAACACACGGCUGGUGGCACAACCAUCUUGUAUUCAGGGAAAGAUGAGGGAUUACCAACUUGCUGGAUUGAACUGGCUUAUAAGGCUGUAUGAGAAUGGUAUAAAUGGAAUCCUUGCAGAUGAAAUGGGUCUUGGCAAAACCUUACAAACAAUCUCUUUAUUGGGCUACCUGCAUGAAUUUAGAGGAAUCACUGGUCCUCAUAUGGUAGUUGCUCCAAAAUCUACACUUGGUAACUGGAUGAAUGAAAUUCGUCGAUUUUGUCCAGUUUUACGUGCUAUCAAGUUUCUUGGCAAUCCUGAUGAAAGAAAACAUAUACGUGAGGAGUUACUGGUUGCUGGGAAAUUUGAUGUAUGUGUUACGAGUUUUGAAAUGGCCAUCAAAGAGAAGUCUAUCUUGCGUCGCUUCAGUUGGCGGUAUAUUAUCAUUGAUGAAGCUCAUCGGAUUAAGAAUGAAAAUUCUCUCCUUUCAAAAACAAUGAGGCUUUAUAACACCAAUUACCGCCUCCUCAUUACUGGUACUCCACUUCAGAACAAUCUUCAUGAACUCUGGGCUCUUCUCAACUUUCUUCUGCCAGAGAUUUUUAGCUCAGCUGAAACUUUUGAUGAAUGGUUUCAAAUUUCUGCUGAAAAUGACCAGCAGGAAGUUGUUCAACAACUGCACAAGGUCCUUCGGCCAUUUCUUCUCCGAAGAUUGAAAUCAGAUGUUGAGAAAGGUUUGCCUCCCAAGAAGGAAACCAUACUGAAGGUUGGAAUGUCCCAGAUGCAGAAACAGUACUACAGGGCCUUACUGCAGAAAGAUCUUGAAGUUGUGAAUGCUGGUGGAGAACGGAAGCGUCUUUUGAACAUAGCAAUGCAGCUUCGCAAAUGCUGUAAUCAUCCAUAUCUUUUCCAGGGUGCUGAGCCUGGUCCACCUUACACUACAGGAGAGCAUCUUGUUACCAAUGCUGGUAAGAUGGUUUUGUUGGAUAAGUUACUUCCUAAGCUAAAAGAGAGGGAUUCCAGGGUCUUAAUUUUUUCACAGAUGACGAGGUUGCUUGACAUUCUCGAAGACUAUUUAAUUUUUAGUGGGCAUCAGUAUUGUCGGAUUGAUGGGAAUACUGGCGGAGAAGAUCGUGAUGCUUCCAUCGAUGCCUUUAACAGGCCAGGAAGUGAGAAAUUUUGCUUCUUGUUGUCAACAAGAGCUGGAGGUCUGGGUAUCAAUCUUGCUACUGCAGAUGUUGUCAUUCUUUAUGACAGUGACUGGAACCCACAAGUUGAUUUGCAAGCUCAGGACCGUGCUCAUAGGAUUGGUCAAAAGAAAGAAGUCCAAGUGUUCCGAUUUUGCACAGAGUAUACGAUUGAGGAAAAAGUGAUUGAGAGGGCUUAUAAGAAGCUUGCACUUGAUGCUUUAGUGAUCCAACAAGGAAGAUUAGCAGAGCAGAAAACUGUUAAUAAAGACGAGCUGCUUCAAAUGGUGAGGUUUGGGGCUGAGAUGGUUUUCAGCUCAAAGGAUAGUACGAUUACAGAUGAGGACAUUGACAGAAUCAUUGCUAAGGGAGAAGAGGCAACAGCUGAGCUCGAUGCCAAGAUGAAGAAAUUCACUGAAGAUGCAAUCAAAUUUAAAAUGGAUGACAAUGCUGAAUUAUAUGAUUUUGAUGAUGACAAGGAUGAAAACAAGUUCGACUUUGAGAAAAUUGUCAGUGAGAACUGGAUCGAACCUCCAAAGAGGGAGCGGAAGCGCAAUUACUCAGAAUCUGAAUACUUUAAGCAAACAAUGCGUCAAGGUGGUCCGGCAAAACCAAAGGAGCCUCGAAUUCCUCGCAUGCCUCAAUUGCAUGAUUUCCAGUUUUUCAACACACAGAGGCUUAGUGAGUUGUAUGAAAAAGAAGUACGCUACCUCAUGCAAGCACAUCAAAAGAAUCAACUGAAAGAUACAAUUGAUGUGGAUGAACCUGAAGAGACGAGAGAUCCAUUGACUGCUGAGGAACUGGAAGAAAAAGAACGGCUUUUGGAAGAGGGAUUUUCCUCAUGGAGUAGAAGAGACUUCAAUACCUUUAUUAGGGCUUGUGAAAAAUAUGGUCGAAAUGACUUAAAAAGUAUUGCUACUGAACUGGAAGGGAAAACAGAAGAGGAAGUUGAAAGAUACGCUAAAGUUUUCAAAGAGCGAUACAAAGAGUUAAAUGAUUAUGAUAGGAUCAUUAAGAACAUUGAAAGAGGGGAGGCCAGAAUUUCUCGUAAAGAUGAGAUCAUGAAAGCAAUUGGGAAGAAAUUGGAUCGUUACAAGAAUCCUUGGCUUGAAUUGAAGAUCCAGUAUGGUCAGAACAAAGGGAAAUUGUACAAUGAAGAAUGUGAUCGUUUCAUGAUGUGCAUGGUUCACAAGCUUGGAUAUGGGAACUGGGAUGAGCUGAAAGUGGCUUUCCGUACAUCACCUUUGUUUCGUUUUGAUUGGUUUGUAAAGUCUCGGACAACUCAAGAACUUGCAAGGAGAUGUGAUACCUUAAUUCGGUUGGUGGAGAAGGAAAACCAAGAACAUGAUGAGAGGGAGAGACAGGCUCGUAAAGAAAAGAAGCUUGCCAAGCAGAGCAUGACGCUGUCGAAGCGUUCAAUGGGAAGACAGACCGAGAGCCCUCCUUCCCAAAAGAAGCGGAAGCAGUUGUCAAUGGAUGAUUACCUAACCACAGGAAAAAGGAAGAAGUAAUCCUGAGUAUAUAUUAUAGGAUUUUGUGAGGGGGUACAAAUCUCAACUAUAUUAUUCUACUAGUAGUAGUAUGAUGGUGAGUGCCCCUUGUUGCUGUCAGUCAGUGAUCCCAUGGUCUUGCUUGCGGAGAGGGCCAACAUUAGAUUUCGAGAUGUAUAAAAUGUAAGAGUCUACUUUUGAACUAUUAUUAUAUUUAUUGCAGUAAGUUCAAUGGAUUUAUUGGGUGAACA